UCUGCAAGCCCUAAUUAAAUAAGAAGCCACUGAGAAGCAGUUUGGCCAAGUGGAUAGAGCAGAGGGCCUGAAAGUCAGAGGACCUGGACUCCUGAAUCAGUCACUUGCCUUGGAUACAGCCUUCCCUCUCCCACCUUGGCCGUCACUUGGGAUCUCAAACGACAUUCAGCCUGGGUGUUGAGGAAGAGAGAACUGGGGUGAAAGCGGGCGAUGCUGGCAUGGUGGAGCCCGGUCCUCCCGCCCUCCGGGGCGGCCCCCGGGACAGCCCCACCCUGGCCCAGAGCUUCCUGGAGGAGGAGUUGCAGCUGAACCUGGCCCUGCAGGAUCUGGACUUCGCCGAGCCGGUCAGCUACGUGUACAAUCCGCUGGAGUACGCCUGGGAGCCCCACCGAGACUACGUCACCCGCUACUGCCAGGGCCCCAAGGCCGUGCUCUUCCUGGGCAUGAACCCCGGCCCCUUCGGCAUGGCCCAGACCGGGGUGCCCUUCGGUGAAGUGAAGCAUGUCCGCGACUGGCUGGCCGUCCGGGGGCCGGUGACCCCCCCAUCCCGGGAGCACCCCAAGCGGCCGAUCCGGGGCCUGGACUGCCCCAACAGCGAGGUGAGCGGCGCCCGCUUCUGGGGCUUCUUCCGGGCCCUGUGCGGCCACCCCGAGGUCUUCUUCCGCCACUGCUUCGUGCACAACCUGUGCCCGCUGCUCUUCCUGGCCGCCAGCGGCAAGAACCUGACGCCGGCCGACCUGCCGCCCUCCCGGCGGGCCCACCUGCUCGGGAUCUGCGAGGGGACCCUGCGGCGUCAGGUGGAGCUGCUGGGGGCGCGCCUCGUGGUGGGCAUAGGCCGCUUCGCCGAGCAACGGGCGCGGAGGGCGCUGGCCGGCUGCCCCGGCGUCCGGGUGGAGGGCCUCCCGCACCCCUCGCCCCGCAGCGCCCUGGCCAACAGGGGCUGGGACGACGUGGCCCGCCGGAGGCUGGACGAGCUGGGGCUGUUGGCGCUGCUGACACCCCUGGGCACCGGGCAGGCUUGCCAGUAGCCCUUGCCAGCACUUCUAAAUAAGUGCUCUCGGAGUAAGCUUCCCCUAUUUACCAGACUAUAAGAUACCCCUACUGUAUGUAUUCGACUAAGUUGUAAGUUGGGGGAUGGAAAAUUGAGGCUGGGCAUUCCCUCCACCCCCCCAUUCUUCUCUCCCAUCCCUUCUGGGACUCCCGGCCAGUGAAAGGAAGGCGCACGGGACUGGGAUGUGGGUACUUGUUAAAUGCUUACUUGGUGCUGAGCACUGUAUUAAGUGCUGGGGUGGGUGCAAGAUAAGCCGGACACAGACCCUGUCCCACGUGGGGUUCAUCUAUUCCCUAUGUCCUCGUUUUUCGGGGUGAGCCAGUGUGACGUGCCAUAUAGUUGUGGUGCAUUACACAGCCUGGCAAAUUUGGUUCUUCAACCCACUGGCCCCCCCAUCUAGAACACUGCCCUCCUUGUCUAGAACACUACACACCUUCCCCUCUUCUCCUCUGCCCUUCCUCCCUUCCCCAUCCCCUGGAAAACCUCUUCACCCCAUCAUCUUGCCUUCGGAUCUGCAGAGAAGGCCGGUGGCCGGGAGACGGGCUGCAGGGGGGAUCCCCGGUGCCCCCUCCCUGUGCCAAUCUCCUCAUGGAGUCCCAUCUGGACAGAAUAAACUUGCUGUUUCCCCUUUGGCCAGAGGGCACCUGGAGCCAGGAUGUUUGGCGAAACGGGCCUCGGCUGAAGCCGGCCGGAUGGAGGUUAGCGCUUGUCUGUUGUCCUGGAGGCCGAAGGGUGGAUGCAGUGACCUCUGGCUCCCCACUUCUCAGGAUUUUUAUAUCUGAUGCAUUAAAUAAAAUCACCCAACCGGA